AUGACAUCAAAUGAAAAGUUCGUCGUCUUCGAUAUCGUCGGCACCGUCGUAGGUUACGACAAACUCGUCGAAGCACUUGACAACCAACUCGGCGAGAAGCUCCGCGCAGAGAAUGUCAAGCCAUCUCUACUUAUCAAUCUAUGGAUAGAAGCCGCCGAGAGAGAGUACACCUAUCUUAGCAUGACAAACCGCUACGUCGAGUUCGACAAGCUAUUCUCGUCCCUCUUCUAUCGCAUACUUUGGCUAUCCGGCAUAGAAGAGCCGCGCAGCUUUGCAUCCGAAGCGGAUAUCGAGAAGAUCACGCAGGGAUACUUUGCUCUUGAGCCCCGACCUGAUGUCAAGGAGUGCUUUGAAAAGCUGCGCGGUGCUGGGUUCACGGUCAGAGGUCUUACAGCUGGAGAUUAUGACCGUGUCCUGGGGUAUUUUACUAAGGCAGGAAUUGAAUUUCCCAAGGAGCACCUCAUCUCGUGUGACUCCUUUGGUGUGGGAAAGCCUGAUCUAAAGGCUUAUGCUUCUACGUAUGCUGAGCUGAAGGGGGCAAAGGAGCUUUGGUUUGCGGCUGCACAUAUGUGGGAUGUUUCUGCUGCAAAGCAGGUUGGAUUCAAGUCCGCGUAUUGCUCUGUGCUGGAGAAGGAGGCCUGUGUGGAUAUCUUUGGCGAGAUGGAUGUUAUGUCAGAUAGCCUAUCUGAGAUGGCUGAUAAGAUUAUCCAAUCCUCUUCUUAG